UGGUGCAUUAGGCGCUGCACAGAUUUCAGAUCAGUUGGCCGUGAAAACGACAGGUGCAGGUGCUUUUUGCUGUUCUUCUAAAAUGCGCUAAACGUUGAUUCUCUUUAUAGUAUACUAAUACUUUUAAUCUCGUAUGUGAUGUGAGAAAAAGCGUGCCAUUGUUUCCAUCUUGAGAACUGAGCCAUUAUGUUUCCUUCGGCGCAUCAUAUCCAGCGGGCGCUCAUCUGUUCUGUUCUUCUCUUUAUGACGACGACAGUCAUGACGCGAUCCUCUUCAACCUCUGAUCUCAAAUCCAAAAUAUCUGGUGUGGAAGAACUGCUGGAGGAGUUCCGUAAGCAGUUACAGCAGGAUGAGUCGGACUCGAGGGAGGAUGAGGAGGAUGGAGACCGCUGUAUCAGUGGCUUCAAAGCGGUGGAGGAGCGCAUCAUUCGCGCCAGCGCAUCCAUCGAGCAGGGCGCCGCGUUUUUGUCCGCCCCGCAGAGGGUGUUUAGCUGGAGGGACUGCGUGCAUGCCUGCUGCUCUCAUCCGCACUGCACAGCCGCCAUCAUCCAAGAGGACCUCAAGCAGUCGGACGACAGUUUACGCUGUUAUUUGUUCAACUGCACGUAUAGGGGCAGGAAUGUGUGCUCGUUUUCAUUUCAGCCAGGAUUCAGCACCUACAGUCGGGUGAACAACAGCUCUAGACCCCCCCCAACAACGGACAGUCCGAGCACUUCAGCCGGGAGACCUACGUAUGGGAUCGAUGAGGACGAGUCCGUAAUGCAGGGUUUGGAUGAGCCGCCCCGUAGUGAUGCGGGUCAGGACUUGGUGGUUCAACUACCAACAGACUGGGCGGUGCUAGAUGGCAGAGAUAGCACUGAUGAUCAUGACAUCAUACAUUAUGAAUGGGCUCUUGUAAAAGGAGACCCCUCCAUUAAAAUAAAGGUGACUCACCCAGGUCUACUGAAACUCAGUGGUCUUAGAGAAGGAAUUUACACCUUUGAGCUGACCGUCACCGACACGGCGGGACAGAAGAGCUCUGACAAUGUGUCUGUCAGCGUACUCGCCCCUGCACCAAAUGCAGAAGUGUGUACAGGUCACUGUUCGCGAUAUCAGUUCAUGUGUGAUGAUGGCUGCUGCAUUGACAUUGGUUAUGCCUGCGAUGGAAAGCAACACUGCCCUGACCGAUCAGAUGAAGAUUUCUGCCAAAAUUUUGAUAGUGGUCAUAAGUCCAACCCCGCCUCUAAACAUGGACCAGAUAUACAAACUGAAGCAGAAGCCCAGACACCCACAGAAAUACAGUUCGGUGAUAUCCCUAAACCUGAGCAACGUCAACAUAAUGGCUUCAAUUCUGAAGAUCCCUGUGCAGCGCCCCCAGUGGUCGGCCCGUGUAAAGGCGUUUUCCCACGCUGGUAUUAUGAUUCUAAAACAGGAGAUUGCCAGCACUUUCAGUAUGGUGGCUGCAAAGGAAACCACAACAACUUCCUCCAGAAGUCUGACUGCAUAAAUGAGUGCAUUCAGAAACUAUUAACAAAACAUCAGGGCACUGCAACUCCAUUACCCAGCGUGAAAGCAAACACAUCUCCCAUUGCUUCUGUCCAUAAGGAAAAACUGCAAAAUCCUCUUAAAGAGUCUCAAAAUUCACUGCCAUCAUUUAAAAUACAACGUGUGCUGGAAGGACACCCACCCCCUGAAUCAGGUGCGAUCUUACCCCUGGCUUUGGGUCUGAUCAUCAGCGUUCUGCUCUUACUGAUGGUGGGUUGCAGGCUCUGGCUUGUACGUCGCAGACUGAAGAAAGCGUUGCCUCUCACCACAGAAGAGUCUGAUUACCUCAUCAAUGGCAUGUAUCUGUAGCAGAACCGCCACCUGCCAAUCAACCCUCCAAUCUGCUGCACCAUUUGUGUGACUGUGUGUAUAAAGGAGACAUAGGUCGUCACAGGAUCCUAAUGCUCAGAUAGCCAGCCCUGCUCAUGGGGCUGGUUGCAUCAGCUGUAUGUAAGAUACAACUUAGCCUAGUUGUGACAUAAAGGGACAAUAAAUUCCAUCAUUAAACUUGACGUUACAUACAAACGAAAUAUUUCCAUUAGCUUCCGUCAAGGAAUAGUGCUUGGAAUGAAAUGGCAGAUUGAGUGAAUUGGAUCAGUAAGCUAAUGCUUUACCUGCCAGACUUUUAAAUACCUAAAGCGAAUACGAUGAUGUUGCCAUUUACAAAGAGACAACAUUAUGUGAAUUAAUGGUAUGUUUGCAGCUCUAAAUUAAUUAAUUAUAAUUAAUUAAUAUUUUGUUGUAACAGUAUUUAUUUAUUGCUCAAUUUCAAAUACAGUUUAUGUAAAACCUAUUUUUUAUUUUUACUUUGAGUAUAUUUCAAUGGGAACUAAAUUUUAAAGUUAGUUACGUGAAGCAAAGGAAGUUAGAAUCAACCUUAACAAGAUAAUUCACAUAAUUCCAACAAAACUUCUGUUCACAAAUAUGAAGGCUGCUCCAGGAUAAAAGUCAUUAAGUGACUACACAUAACAGAGAGCCUACAACCUACAUGCUACGUUCCGCCUUAAAAACAAAUGGCGCAACCAAAAUAAAAAAAAAAAAAACUAAGUUACAAACUAGCUAGUAAUUAAUAAGCCCCAAAUGUGGAACUUACAAACGGUUUGUGCAACCGUACCCUGGAGAGCUACCAUCCUCCAAUGCUAAUCAAACACACCUGAACCACCUAACCAGAGCAUUUAGAAUUACUUGAAAAUUACAGACUGGUGUGUUGGUGCAGGGUUGGAACUUGCCUCUGCAGGAAGGUAUUGUAGUUCUCCAAAAGCAGGGUUGACUAUUAUUGAUCUAUUGAUUGAUGAGUUUAGUGAAUCUCAAAUCAUGGUAUCUGGAAAAUAACAUUUCAAACAUGUGAAUGGCACACUGUUUUGGGGGGGGGAAAUUCAUUUUGUCACGCUGGCAGCAAUUAUGCAGAUAUAUGUGACUGCAACAAAGAUUUCUGUGGUAUAAAGAUGCAGUAGUAUGAUUUGACAUGUCGAAAUACUGGCAUACUGGCUUAACACAAAUUUAAGAGUAUAUACUUCUUGUUGAAGUGAGAAUUUGGAUUCAGCUUUAUUUUUUUAAUGAAGCAUGGUACACUACGAGCUUGCCUGAUAUAUUUUGACCUUUAAUAAGAGCAUUUAUCUGUUUUAAUUUGGGAGAAUUUCUGAAAAAUGUGCUCAGCUUUAAUAGGAGAAACAUUUAAACCAUUAUGUUUCUGCAUCCUUAUAUGACCAUAUGCUUGACAGUACAACAGAGUUCACUAUAUCCAUUAAUAAUCUCAGUCCAGGGAAUACAGCUUUAGUGACUGUAAUUAUUGGUGCCGUCCUACAAGUUCUAGAUUGCAACUUUACAAUUAAAAA